GCCCGGGGGCAGCCGGCCGGUGUCGGCGCAGCGGCGCGUGUGUCCCCGCGGCACCAAGUCCCUCUGCCAGAAGCAGCUCCUCGUCCUGCUGUCCAAGGUGCGGCUGUGCGGGGGGCGGCCCGCGCGGCUGGCCCGCGGCCCCGGUGAGUGGCUGGGCGGGGUGUCCGGGGCUGGGGUCCCUCUGCCGGGAGGUGGAGAUGAGGGGCUCUGAAGCAUGGAGCCCGACCGAGGGAGCUCCCGGGAAGCGAGAGGGGGUGAGCCACAAAGUCUCUGCCAGUCUCUGCCUCAGUUUCCCUCCUCUUGUGCCCGUAACCCCGAGUCUCCUUGCUUUUGAGGGCAAGGGGAAGGCUGGAGGGGCUGAGUCUGGCGCCCCGAGCCUUGCGGCUCCGCUCUUUCCCCUCCCCAGCCCGCACCCCCAUGGCCCUUCGCCUACGUGCAGGCUCUCGCGAUCCUUUCCAUCCACAGCCGAGGGGGCUGGGGGCUCCGGACGCCUGGGUCACCCCGAGAGUUUCUGCCGCGCCGGCGGCCCCGCCCCCACCCGCUCCCCGCGCCUCCACUUCUUGGCGCGGCUCCUCCCGGCCGGCCGGGCUGGCCUGGCUCCGCGCCAAUCCCCCGGCUCUCCCCUGGGUGUCCUUGCAGCCACCUCGCCAAGCCGCCCCUCUGCGCGCCCUCCUCCCUGGACCUGAGCUUCCAGAACGGAGCUGGGUUCCCCCCAACACCCUCCACGGGACUCCGAGACCGGGCCCCGCGAGCGCAGGGGACCCUCUGCUGCGAGGAGCUCCGACACAGCCCGGGGCUGUGGGGGGGCCCGCAUGCAGACGGGGGUCGUACCACCUACGAGGGGAGGGGGUACGCGGAAGUCGUCCGAGAGCGAGCGACCGGCGUGGAGAGCUGUGCGGGUCAGCGUGCGGUCCCCGUCCAGGUGCCACAGGCGGGGAGUCCCUCUGGCCCUGCUCCCGCCCGCUCCUGGCUCCGAUAGGGUUUGGUACCCAACGUCCCCCACCCCAGACGGGUUACCUGGCUGAAGGGGAAAGGCUGAGCCUCAGGGAGACCUGGGCCCCCGAGCCAGCGGACUGGCAGGUACAGACAGUGGGUCAGUGUCAGCCUGGCCGGCGCUGGGCCAAAGGCGAGGCCCGUGCCAAGCGAGCAGCAGCAGCAGCAGGUGCUGAGUCAGCGUCAGGCCCAGACCCACCUCCGCUCUUGAGGGCGCCCCUACCCUGUGGUCACCUUGCUGCCCCCCCACAUUUGCAGACACAAUGGCACUUCAGCAGCCCUGCCUGUCUCCCUCUAGCUUUUUGAUAUAUUUCUCCCCUUCCUCCUCCCCUCUUCUGGGUGAGCUGUAGAGUAGGAAUUAAUCCAUUUCAAUAAAUUUCAAUAAAUUAAACUGAAAGCUGGCUAAGGUUAGAGGAAGCAGAAGGAACACACACCUCAGCAUCCUCCAGAAUCCAGGAGAGGUGAGAGAGCUUUCCUGGAGGGUCAGAAAGUUGGGGCCGUGGUCCUCUAUUCCUUCCCUCCUCUCUCCCUUCUCUUUUCUCCUCUGAUCCCACCGAGUGUGGGAAUGUUUCUGGGAACAGAAAUGUCAUUUCUAAAGAUUAAUGUCUCUUUCUCUAGAGCCUCAACUCAGAGGCGUCGUCACCAAACUGUUCUGCCGCCAGGGCUUCUACCUCCAGGCAAACCCCGACGGGAGCAUCCAGGGAACCCCAGAGGACACCAGCUCUUUCACCCACUUUAAUCUGAUCCCCGUGGGGCUCCGAGUGGUCACCAUCCAGAGUGCCAAGCUGGGUCACUACAUGGCCAUGAAUGCCGAGGGGCUGCUCUACAGCUCGCAACAUUUCACAGCUGAGUGUCGCUUUAAGGAGUGUGUCUUUGAGAAUUAUUAUGUCCUGUACGCCUCUGCUCUCUACCGUCAGUGCCGUUCUGGCCGGGCCUGGUACCUAGGCUUGGACAAAGAGGGCCGAGUCAUGAAGGGAAAUCGGGUCAAGAAGACCAAGGCAGCUGCCCACUUUGUGCCCAAGCUCCUGGAGGUGGCCAUGUACCGGGAGCCUUCUCUCCACAGUGUCCCUGACACUUCUCCUUCCAGUCCCCCUGCCCCCUGAAGUGUAGACCCUGGGCUGGACUCUCCUGCCCUUGCACCGGUCUAGCCACCGCCACAGCCUGUCUCCCAGCCCUGCUCCCGGACCUGCUCUCACCCCAGCUGCCA